CCCAGCGCCGCCGGGCGGGUGGCGGUGGGGGGGUGGCAGCCGCCGCCGCCGCCGCCGCCGCGCCGAGCCCAGCCGGGCCGGGAUCACCGCCCGAGCGGGGGGGUCGGGCCCCGCCGAGGCCGCCGGAGCCGCCGGGGAUGGUGGCGGCCGGAGCGGGGCGGCGGCUCCCCGCGCCCUGAGCGCCGCGGGGCCGCGGGCGAGGCACCAUGAGCGUGCGGCCUCCGCAGGCCCUCGACAGGUUAAGCAGCCUGUCCUCCCUGGGAGACUCGUCGGCAGAGCGCAGGUCUCCCGGGCACCGCCGCCAGCCCUCCGACUCCUCUGAAACCACAGGUCUGGUCCAGCGCUGCGUCAUCAUCCAGAAGGACCAGCAUGGCUUCGGCUUCACCGUCAGCGGGGACCGCGUCGUCCUGGUGCAGUCGGUGCGGCCAGGGGGGGCCGCCAUGAAAGCCGGGGUGCAGGAGGGGGAUCGCAUCAUCAAGGUGAACGGCACGAUGGUGACCAACAGUUCCCACCUCGAGGUGGUGAAGUUGAUCAAGUCCGGUGCUUACGUCGCUCUGACCCUCCUGGGCUCCCCCCCUCCCUCAGUGGGGCUCUCCGGCUCUCAGCAAGACGUGAGCACAUCGGGGGGUCCCCGUGUCACCCCCGCCUGUCCCCCGCCGCCUCCGCCACCGCCGCUCCCCCCGCCGCAGCGCAUCACCGACCCCAAGCCCUUGCAGGACCCCGAAGUCCAGAAGCACGCGACGCAGAUUCUCCGGAACAUGCUGCGGCAGGAGGAGGCUGAGUUACAGCGCUUCUGCGAGGCGUACAGCCGAAACCCGGCCAGCGCGGUGGAGGAGCAGAUCGAGGGGGCGCGCCGGCGGGUCAGCCAGCUCCAGCUCAAGAUCCUCCAGGAGACCGGUGGCUCCGUGGAUUUGGGGCGGCCGGGCGGCGACUCCGGCUCGGCCGGUUUCAGGGCAGCGGAAGGACGCCUGUCCCUGGACUCGCAGGACGGUGACAGCGGGUUGGAGUCUGGGCCAGAGCGGUUCCCCUCCGUGAGCGAGCAGAUCUCCCUGAGCCGCAACUCCGUCCUCUCCGACCACGGCCUGGACAGCCCACGAACCUCCCCGGUCAUCACCGCCCGCCUGUUCCAGCACCAUCGCCGGCAGGGAUCCGACACCCUCUUCACCCCCGUGGCCGAGCAGGUCUUAGACCGGCCAGGACGAGCCCACAUCAUCGCGCCGGAGGAGGAUUACGAGCCGGGAUAUUUCAAUAAUGAGAGCGACUCGCUCUUCCAGGACCUGGCCAAGCUGAAAUCCCGGCCGGCACACCUCGGGGUUUUCUUACGCUACAUCUUCUCCCAGGCGGACCCCAGCCCCCUGCUCUUCUACUUGUGCGUGGAUGUUUGCCAGCAGACGGCCAGCAAGGAUUCCCGGCUCUUGGGGAAGGACAUCUGGAACAUCUUCCUGGACAGGAACGCGCCUCUGCGUGUGAAGGUGUCGGAGCAGCUCCUGGCCGAGAUCGAGAGUCGCCUGCGGAACGGGGACGAUGUCCGAGCCGCCCUCUUUGAAGCUCAGGAGAUGGUGAUGCCCGAGAUCCAGGAGCAGAUCCAGGAUUACAGAACGAAGCGCACCAUGGGCCUGGGGAGUCUGUACGGGGAGAACGACCUCCUGGACCUGGAUGGGGACCCCCAGAAGGAGCGGCAAGUGGCCGAGAAGCAGCUGGCACAACUGGGCGACAUCCUGUCAAAAUACGAGGAGGACAGGAGCUCCCCCAUGGCCUUCGCCCUCAGCACCUACAUGAGCCACACCGGCAUCCGCAGCCGUGAGCCCCGCGUGGCCGGUGCCGGGGAGAAGGCACCAUCCCUCCCGGACAGGGACAAGUGGCUGCCCUUCUUCCCCAAGACCAAGAAGAGCAGCAGCGCGAAGAAGGACAAGGAUGCUGUGGAAGACAAGAAGCGCAACCCCAUCCUCAAGUACAUUGGGAAGCCCAAAAUCUCCCAGAGCACAUUUCAUGUCCCUUUGUCCCCCGUUGAAGCAGUCAAACCCGGCAAUGUGAGGAACAUCAUCCAGCACUUUGAGAACAACCAGCAUUACGAGAGCCAGGAGCCCGGCGCCCAGCGCCUCUCCACCGGCAGCUUCCCCGAGGACCUGCUGGAGUCAGACAGUUCCCGUGCCGAAGUCAAGCUGGGCCGCUCGGAGAGCUUGAAAGGCCGGGAGGAGAUGAAGAAGUCGCGGAAAGCAGAGAACGUGCCGCGCUCCCGCAGCGACGUGGACAUGGACGCGGCGGCCGAGGCCACCAGGCUGCACCAGUCGGCGUCGUCCUCCGCGUCCAGCCUGUCCACGAGGUCGCUGGAAAAUCCCACCCCCCCAUACACGCCGAAGAUGGGCCGCAGGAGCAUCGAGUCGCCCAACCUGGGUUUCGGCAUGGAUCCCUUCCUUCCCCAUCUGCUGGAGGACGAGCAGGGCCAGCUCUCCGACCUGGAGCCCGAGCUGGACGCCCAGAACUGGCAGCACACGGUCAGCCGGGAGCUGGUGGCCAACCUGCCGCAGAAGGAGAUCGAUCGGCAAGAGGUGAUCAACGAGCUCUUUGCCACCGAAUGGUCUCACCUCCGCAUCCUCCGAGUCCUCGACCUCCUUUUCUACCAGCGGAUGAAGAAGGAGGGCCUGCUGUCCCGGGAAGAGCUGGCGCUCCUCUUCCCCAACCUCCCCGAACUGAUUGAAAUCCACAAUUCUCUCUCCGAAUCUAUGAAGAAGCUCCGGGAAGAAGGACCAAUCAUCAAGGAAAUUGGGGAUCUCAUGCUGUCUCGGUUUGAUGGCCUGGCCAAAGAGGAGAUCGAGCAGGUCGCUGCCGACUUCUGCUCGUACCAAUCCAUCGCCCUGGAGCUGAUCAAAACCAAGCAGCGCAAGGAGACCCGUUUCCAGAUCUUCAUGCAGGAAGCGGAAAGCAAUCCGCAGUGCCGACGCCUGCAGCUCAAGGACUUGAUCAUCUCUGAAAUGCAGCGCCUGACCAAGUACCCGCUGCUGCUGGAGAACAUCAUCAAGCACACCGAGGCGGGCACCUCGGAGCACGAGAAGCUGUGCCGAGCGCGGGACCAGUGCCGGGACAUCCUCAAGUACGUCAACGAGGCCGUGAAACGAGCGGAGAACCGGCACCGGCUGGAGGGUUACCAGAAACGCCUGGAUGCCACCUCGCUGGAGAGGACCAGCAACCCGCUGGCCGCGGAGUUCAAGAGCCUGGACCUCACGUCCCGACGCAUGAUCCACGAGGGGCCGCUCACCUGGCGCAUCGGCAAGGACAAGACUGUGGACCUGCACGUUCUGCUCCUCGAGGACCUCUUGGUGCUGCUCCAGAAGCAGGACGAGAAACUGGUGCUCAAAUGCCACAGCAAAACAGCGCUGGGCUCCUCGGACAACAAGCAGAGCUUCAGCCCUGUCCUCAAGCUCAACGCGCUGCUCAUCCGCUCCGUGGCCACAGAUAAACGAGCCCUUUUCAUCAUCUGCACGUCGGAGCUGGGACCCCAGAUUUACGAGCUGGUGGCGCUGACGUCCUCUGAGAAAAACACGUGGAUGGAGCGGCUGGAGGAGGCCGUGCAGAGCGCCACCAGGAACGUCACCUUCCCCCCCAAGCGCCGGACGCCAGAGCCCACCCGUGCGGCACCUUCCAGUCUGGUUUUACAGGACCCCGACGUGUCCCCCGUCCUGUCCCGAGGCACCAGCUCCAGCGCAGAGCCCGAGCCCGAGGAGAGCUGCUCAGCCCACGACAAUCCCGCUGCGCUCCUGAGCGAGGAGCAGCCCCCGGCGCUGCUGGAGGAGCCGGCGAGCAGCGAGGCGGAGGAAGAGGAUGAAGAGCCGCCUGCAGCCCCCCUGCCCGUGGGGACCGACCUGGGGGCGCCUGACACCCCCCGGGCCGAGCGGUCGGGGCCACCAACACACCUACUACUGCCAGGACCCAGCGGCACGGAGGGGCUGGCAGAGGCGGCACUGGAGGAUGUGGAAAACCUGCGGCUCCUGAUCCUGCGGCGGCUCCUGCCCUGCCGGGACGCGGAACCCGAGGAUGACGUGACACCCACGCCGUCGGUGGCCGGGGGGAGCAGCCAGGCCUGGGACUCGGUGCUGUCCAGCCAGGACUCGGCGUCUCAAGAGGUGCUGGGGGAGCCCCCGGGCGCCACUGAGGACACGACCCCCCCGUCCAGCCGGGAGGAGCCGGGUCCGGCUGCUGAGGAGCCGAGUGGCUACAAAGUCGUCCGAAAAGCCCAGGCGGAGGGUGCUAAGGAGGCCACGCCCUCGCCAGGCAGCAGCCAAUCAGAAACUGAGCUGCAGGAAGGAGGCGGAGCUAAUGUAGAUGGCAACUACUUCUACGUCAGCAUGCCUGCAGGACCCCCCCCGCCCCCACCCUCCCGUCCCAGCCCCCCCGAGGGCUUCCCGGACCCCCCAGCGCCCCCCCGCGACGUGGACCUUAUCUUCCGCACCAUUGAGCAGCUGACGCUGAAGCUCAACAGGCUGAAGGCUCUGGAAUCGGCCCACCGGCAGCUGCUGCGCUCGCUGGGGGGCAGCGCCCUGGCUAACGUCACCCCCCCGGGGGGCUCAGCCCCACAGACGGAUGGGUGGGCACAGCGGCCCCCCAGCCCCGACGGGGACAGCCCCUUGUCCCGCGCCCUGCGGUGCCUGCAGGGUCCUGCCGCCAACGCCCCCGGCUCCCGAGCCCCCCUGGCCGAGGACCCCUCUGGUGACGCCGGCCUUUAGUGGGGACGGGGGGGUCACCCCCCCCAGCAUCACUCGGACCUGGGGCGCUGCCUGACAGCCCCCCCAUGUCUCCCCCCCGUGCCAGCAGCUGCGGGAGCCCCCCCGGGACCGCCAGGGGCUUCGGCCGGCAGGAGGGAGCACAAUCCAGCAGGGCCGGCAGCCGGACCCCCCCUCACCCCCCCGCAUGGCAGCCCCGGCUCGGCCCCCCCCCCCCGUGCCCCCCCCGGCCGCGAGAGCUGGAUCUAGUCUGUAUAAAUGCACUUUGUUCUGUUCCUCUCCGUGCUGCGGCCCCCCCCGGCUCCCCCCGCCUAUAAAUAUGUACGUACGUGCCCCCCCCUCCUGUAAAUAACCCCCGCGGCCCCCCCAGCCUGCCCGCUGCGGCCGGGGGGCAGCGGGGACGCCCCCAGCACUGGGCUCCCUCCCCUGGCGCCCACUGGUGACAAUCGGUGACCCGAGCGGGGGCCAGGGUGAUGGCCGGGGUGCGUCCCCCCCGUGCCCCCCCAGGUGUUGUGGUGGGGUCAGCGCUGGGGGGUCUGAUAUAUAUAUUAUAUAUAAUAGAGCCACGACCGACCGGCUGCUGUUCCA